AUUUCUUAAUUUUACAACAAAAUUUGUUUGUAUUUAUAAAAAAAAAAGAAAAGAAAUAAUUGCAUAUAUUGUAUCGUUUCGCGCGCUUAAAUUAACAAAAGACAGCUGGCGAGACUAAUAUAUUCGAUCUCGUAGCAUUUAUCGACAAAUAUCGAUAAGUGAUGAAAGUCGUAGUUGUAAAAUCGGCCAAGAGAGGGCAAUUGAGAUGGGAGGAGUGGGAGAGCGGCGCGAGGAAGAAAAUGGCCGACAAGGCUACGGUAAAAGGGCAGGGACGUCGUGCGAGGUACGCGUUUCGGGAAGAAAAGAUGUGCGCAUCGCAGUGAAUCGCGCGAGAAAGACCGUACAAGAAGAUUCGGAACAGUAAACGGAAGAUUGUGCGGUAUCGGUAGGUUUGUCCGAUCGAGGAGACCUUAACCGUAGCGAGUUGGAUCGUUUAAAAAAAAAGCGUUCGCGGGCCGAUUGUAAGCAACACACACAGAGAAAGUGAGAAGGGCUCGCCAGAGAGAUUUCAUUCUUUUAGAAAAAAAAUAUCGAGUGCACGUAUUAGUUAUUGUGUAUGAAAUAUCGGUGAGAUUUCAAAAGGAGAUUUCCUGCGCGAGAAGCUCAUCGAUCAGCAGCAGGUUGGGUUCACGUCUGCCACUUGUGGCCAUCUACGGACGCUUUUCUAAAGGGUGGCCCAUUUUCAGCCGCGUAUUUUUAUUCUCCUCCCCCUCCUAAUAUCUUUCACAAAUUUUCUCUUACUCUUUUUCUUGUCCUUCUAUCUCAUGAAUUUCAAAUAUUAAGUUUGACACGAGAAGGUCUAUCGUAAAUUUGGUCUUUCGGUGGCGGACGUGACUAUGAUAGAUCCAGUAUUAAUUUGGACUAUCACUAUUAUUAUCUACAAUGGCAGUUAGGUAGUCGAUAAAAUUCAUUGAGGACAUUCAAGAACUUCAAGCGUAUUCUUAUCAAAUUGAAGAUGUGAAGAGAACGUACAUGAUGAAGCCACAGAAGAAGGCUAUUGUUGCCCGGAAGGCAACUAAAAUGCCAACGGUUGCUAAAAAACGUCGCACUCUUUUGGAAAAGACCAUAUCUGAAGUAAGGAAGGAGAAAAAAUCUAAGAAACAAGAUAAAUUAGAAGACCCGAAGAGAAAGCAAGACAACGAAAAGAAAAAAUCAGAUAAAAUGGAUGAGAAAAAGAAGUACGAAGAAAAGAAGAAAGCUGACGAUAAGAAAAAGGACAAAUCGGAGAAAGUAGAGAAAAAGUGUAAUAAGGAUAAUGAAAAGAAAGCGGAUAAAGUAAUCGAAGAGGAGAAAAUUGAUAGAGCGGAGGUAAGAGAUGAUACCGAAGAGUCACAGUGUGACAAUCAAGAUAAAAAGAAGGGACAAAAGUUGGAAGAUAAAAAUAAAGUUGAAAAGCAGUCUGUGGAUAAUAAAAAGAAAAUUGACAAAUCGGAUGAUAAAAAGAAAUGUGGAAAAAUGGAUGAGGAUAGUGCAGAAGAUCAAGUAAAAUCUUUAAAUACCAUAGAGGAUAAGGAUGCGCUUGAAGACAAGACCGAUGUCCUAAGUUUGAGUUUAAAGAAGCGAGGCAAAGAAGAAAAGAAGAAGGAUAUAAAGUUGUCUAAAAUAGAUAUGAAGGAAGCAUUGAAGAACACUCCAACGAAGGACAAGAAAUGUGAUCGUAAAAAAAUUUCAGACAAAGAUACUGCCAGUCGGAAAAGUUCUCCGACAAGAACAAAGAAGAACUCCAAGACCAAAUCAUCUCAAAAGAAAAGUAUUCCGCGAAAAACAGUUUUAGCGAAAAAGCCCCAUUUUUCUGUAGUCAACAAGUUAAUAGAUAAAAAGAUUAAACUAGUCAAAUCUUUAAAGGUAGAGGAAACCAUUAAUGAGGAGGAGGACGAAGCUAAGAAGACUAAGAAGAAAACUACAUGCGCUUCGAAGAGUAAAGGUGCACAAGAAAAAAAAACAAAAUUAGCUAAACCUAUGAAAGCUAAGUUGCCACAGAAAAAUUCUAAAAUUUGUACAGUGAUCAAGGCCGAAGAUAAAUUGAACACGCUGGCUGAGAAAAUGAUUUUGAAAAAGAAAAUUGAGUUGAAAGCCAUUGAAAAAACAUUAACUGAAUCUAAGAAGAUUUCACACAACAACAUGGUAACUGAUAGAGCACCCACGCCUGAAAUAAAAAAUGAAGUUUUGGAAGAAAAAGAAUUGGAAAAAAAUAAUAAAGACGAAAGUCCUAGACCUAAGUCACCUGAUGAAAAGAAGCCUAUAAAAAGUAAUACAAAGAUUGGUAAAAAAGUUCCGAAAAAGAUUUCUAAGGGAAAGGUACAAACUGAGAGCAACAAUCAAAGAUCUUCUUCUCCUGUAGAGUCUCCGGUGGGAGAAUCCAUUAAACAAUCUAAAGAAUGCGAAGAUGGUUUAAAACCAGUGACCGGUACAAAAAAAGAAGAAAUUAAUAACGAAAGUGUUAUUCAAGUAGACUUAAAAGUUGAGGCAGUUAAUGGUAGUAGUACAAGUGGUGUGACAUCUGCAUCUGAAUCAGAGGAAGAGUUUGAUGAGGAUAAUAAGAAAACUAAACAAAGAUACUCUAAGAAAAAAGAAAGAUCCAAUUCGCCAUCCGAAGAACGUGCUAGGAGGAUGAGACUUUUUGGAUUUUGGAGCGGACCAAAGCGACACAGAGUAGCAUCAUUGAAUGCUUUAGCUAAAGUACAUUGUCUGUAUGAAAAUGAAACUGGGGGAGUGUAUCUUGGAGGCUUUUGUAAGCCUAAACCAGAGAAAGAAAAGCAGAAAAAGAAAGAAGAAAAGGAUGAAAAUCAAGCUCGCAAAGAAAAAGAAAAAAAGGUUGAAAAGAAGCCGGAAGAACUUCCAACUCCGAAAAGAAAAUUGAGGAAUGUACCAGGAUUAAGAGGAAAGCAUUGGGACAUGCUGGAAAGUUCUUCGUCGUCUCCUUCUUCGGAUGAAGAUUAUGAGCGUGAAAAAAAUGUUGAAUGCUCUAAGAAGAAAGUAAUUAAGAGAAGAAAGAGAAAUGAAGAGGUAAUGGAUUUAAAAGAUAUGGUUGUGUGCAAAAGAAUGGCCAGUCUUAAUGCGUCAGCAAUUUUGGCUGCAUCAUAUUCGGAUGAAAAGAAUCGCUGUGGAUCUAGUAGUAGUAGUAGUAGUAGUGAUUCUUCUAGCGAAUCAGAAGUGGAAAUUAUUAAAAGGCGUAAGCAACAUGAUUCGGAUGCAGAUAAAAAGAAAGGAAGGCAAGGCUCAGAUCCAGAUGAUGUUUUAAAACCAUCCAAAAAAGUAGUGAUUGUUAAUCAAGAUACAGAUGUAACUAUCACAGGUGUUUACGUUAAUCAAACACGUUCGACGCAUCACGAAGGCUUCUGCAGUAUCGCUGGUAUGCAAUACAGAAUCAGUUCAACCAGUCACACGCAAACUGCAGCUACAGCAGUCGCUACCGAACUUCAUGACCAGCAAAAGGUAGAGCAACCUUGUAAAUCUUACACGCCGUUGGGCGCAUUAUCGUCCAUGCAACCACCGGGUAGUCAAGGAAAUCAUCCAAAUAUGUCACCGCGGAGGCAUUCGGCAUUUUCUGCGCCCCAUCAGCAUGGAAAAGAAUCGAAAUUCAUGGAAAAUUCGAAAACCAUGGAACGAGAACAAUGGUGUUCGUUGAGUGACACGUGCAGCUGUCGCUCUUGUUCAUCGACCAAAUGGAAUAAUCUCGAGGAAGAACGCGUUCGAGAUCGUAGUGAGUGUUGCUGUUGGUGGUUGGUGAUCGUUGUCGUCGUCGUCGUCGUCAUUUUGCGAAGAUCUACGAGAAAAGGAAUUGGAAGAAAGGAAGAAAGAAAUAAUAGAAAGAGAAAAUCGAUAAAAGUUCAAAGUGAGAAAGAAGUCGAGGAUAAAAGGUUGUUGCAGCUGUGAUUUAAGUUUUACCGACAUUUUCGGGACCAAACGAAACAAGAAAGAGAGAGAGAGAAAGAAAAAAAGAAAGAAAGAAAGAAAGA